UGUGGUGUGCACGUGCAGACGAAUUUAUGUUCUGCAUGGUGACUGAAAAGUUUCUGUAAAAUUGUGUAUUUAGAUUUAAAGAUGCCGGAUCCGUUUGAAAUAGUUGUAGGAACGUAUGAGCAAUACGUGCUCGGUUAUAAAGUGAACAGUAUCGUCAAUGAAUACAAAAUGGAAAGAACAUUUGCGACGCACAGUCAUGUGGCUAGUGUGCGGAGCAUUGCAACUAAUAAACAUUAUUUAACGUCCGGAGGUGCAGACGACUCUGUUUGUUUAUACAAUAUGCGUUACAGACUCGAAUCUGGCAAAUUGGUACACCAUAACGAUACAGUGAACUGCAUCGCGUUUACUCCGGAAGCGUCUCAUAUGUUUACAUGCAGCAACGACGGCAGUAUAGUUGCGAUUCGAUGUGGUAACUGGCAAAUUGACAAACAUUGGAAGAAACCACACAAAGGUUUAGCGGUUAAUACCAUGGCAAUCCAUCCUACCGGAAAAAUCGCUUUAUCUACAGGAGCUGACGGAAUUCUUCGAACUUGGAAUUUAGUGAAAGGAAGACAGGCGUACGCGACCAACUUGACACCGCGAUUAAAAUUGGACGCACGAAACGUAACUGUUCUGAAAUGGAGUCCGAACGGUGAAAAGUAUUUGCUCGCUGUAAAUCAACGAAUAGACAUAUAUUCGGUAGAAUUGGCUGGAAUCGACAGCGAGAUUAAAUUGGAUGUAAAAAUCGUUUGCGUAGAAUUCUUGAGGGACAAUUUAAUCGCUGUCGGUUUAGAAAACGGUCAGAUUAGAUUUUACGAUCUCGAGAAGUCAGAACAAACUGUGGAAGCGUUGGCUCAUGACAUUAGAGUAAAAUGUAUGGCUUUUAAGGACAACUUAUUGGUAACUGCUUCGAGUUCUGGUGAGAUAAAACUUUGGAGAUACAGCAAAAAUAGAUUGGACAUGUUGCAGAGCGUGAAUUGUGGCGCUAGAAUUACCUGCCUGACUCUCGCAAUGCCGUGCAACAAUAUCAUAUGGUACAAUGAAGUUAAAUUGGAAGACGAGCAAGAGCAGGCUAAACGGAUAAAAUUUCGGUUACGCCAGGAGGUCGUUAUAGAAAAGGAAGGGGAUUGGGAUGUAACGUCGGUUACAGUUCCUCGAAUGGGAUUGAUGGAAAAGAAAAAGAAGAAGAGAAGAAGUACGGGAAAAGAGGAUGUUCCGAGUUUAUGCGAUAAGAAAAGAAAGGUAUCGACUUUAAAGAAAAAAGUAAGAGAGGAAGGAGAGGAGGAGGAGGAGGAGGAGGAGGAGGAGGAGGAGUGCUGUAUAAUCAUGAACGUUCCGAAGAAAAAGAAAAAAUCAGCAAAUUGGAUGAUCGAAAAUGAACAGGAGAUCAUUGUCGAGAAAAAGAAAAGGAAAACCGAUAAACCAUCUUCAAAAGGAGCAAAAGCAUUAAAUGGGGACGGUAAUUUCAAAGUGGAUAACGUAACUGUUAAGAGGUUAAAAAAGAAAUCGAUACGAUCGAAAGAUAACGACGAGGAAGUAUUUCCACAAAAGAGGAGAAAGACAACGACGAUAGAAUCGACGAUGGUUGGAACAAUUCCCAAGAAGAAGAAGAAGAAGAAGAAGAAGAUUAAGCAAUGA